GUGGGUGAAGUGCCACCACCCCAUGGAUCUGACGGCGGCGGUCACGCUGGCAGAGGAUUACCUGGCUGUACACCCCCGAAGCCAGACAUCACAGGACCGCCCCCUGGAGGCUGCCCGACCAACACCAGCACCGCGGAAAAGGGGCAUGGGGCCGCCGCAUGGGCCACCUGCACGUCCCAGCCCCAUGCCACGCGCUAACCCUCUCUCUUCUCCCUCUCUCUCCCAGGGUCCAGCUGCUCCAGUUGCGGCUCAUGACCUGCAGGGGGCUCCUCGAACGCUGGGGCAGGAGUGCUGGAGGUGUGGGCGGCCCGGACACUGCCGACGUGACUGCCCACUCAUGGAGGUCGGACAAGUGAUUCGGGUUGCCGGCUCUCCAACACCCUCCCCCGGCCCAGGGGCGACAUACUGUGUCCCGUAGCAUACUGGACUGUGGGGAGAGGCGGUUGGAGAGCGGAUGGAAGAAGAGCCAGAACAAAAGCAAGAACGACCAAAAAUAAAGAACCUACACUGCAACACUGGUGUCAGCGUGGUAUCUCAGGGCCAAGACGAACUCUCGGUAGCACGAUUACGCUACAGUUACAUUGAGGGAAGGAGUUGCACCAGCUCAGACAAUAGUGUCUGGGUUAUAAAUGGACUAUUUCAUGGGAGCACUUUGGGUGGACACUGUAAAUA